ACAUUUUCACGGCACGGCAAAGUUAGAAAAAGGAAGGAAGCCAGUGAGUCAUCAACUCAGAGCAGUAAUGUCGAGAUAGCAUAAUCAGUGGUUCCCGCAUUUUUUUCGUAAAAAUAGUUAUCAAAACGCGAUUAUUCUACACAAUACUCUGUAAAACGGUGAUAUUCAGCCAACGUGUGGUCAGUCAUUAGACAACGGUCAAAAUGGGCUCCAGCGAGUCAAAAAACAGUACUACAAAUGUCCAUCAAGGGAGAUCAAAUGAUUACUCAGACUCAUAUCACCCUAAUUGGGACGACGAUAUUGCACAGGAGGACUCUCACCUGAGACUCGAUGAAUUUUUAUUUCACAUUUUCCAAUGGAAACCAGAGUGGCUUACUGACAAACAGUACAACGCAAAACCACCCCCAAUCGUCGACCCCAAAUCAGUAAUAUCAACUUCAUUAUCGUAUGAAAAAUUCGAGGAUUAUUGUAAAGCGAUGCUUCCACUUUUGUUGCUUGAAUUUUGGCAUGUGUUAAAGAAGGACGGGGAGAACAGAGAGAAUGAGACUGAGGAAAAAGGGAUUGGGAAGGGAAAGGGAAAUGGAAAGGAGGAGAAGGCAAGGACUGUAAUUGCUAGUUUUGAUAGUGAGAGAUCGAGGUCGUUAGCGAAUGGAGAUGAUCAAAUUUCAGUACUGAAGUUGGUUAAAGUUAUGACGAGGGUGGAAGAUUAUCCAAUACGAGGAGACCUUGUGAAGUUUCAAAACGGUCGAGAAGAAUUUUUUGGGUACAUUGAAGAAUGUGUAAGGACCAGAUUUCCUCGGACCUCAGAGAUUGAGGUGAAAUACUCGAUUAAGACUAAGAAGUUACGCUUUUAUGGAUCAGCGUCGAGUGAAUUGCAGUUGACGACUGUCCAUCCACUGGGUCCUUAUUUGAGGUUUGUGAGGGCUAUGGAGGAUCUCUCGAAGUCACCGCUUUUCCAGUCGGUGAUACAACCAAAGGUUGAGGAUUAUGAGUUGCUAGAGGCUAAUUUUUCUAGUGUCUUUCCGCUAAUUACUGGGCAUACGCUAAAUUCUAAACAACUGGAAGUUGUUGCGAGGAUCGUGAAAACCGUCGCCCAGCAGAGUCCAAAAAUAUGUUUGAUUCAGGGACCUCCAGGAACGGGAAAGUCGAAGGUUAUUCUUAAUAUCAUUUGUGAAGUUCUGAAGAAAACGAAUACCAAAAUUUUGCUGUGUGCUCCAUCGAAUAGGGCUAUUGAUGAAGUCGUGGGAAAUCUCAUUGCUGUGCAAAAAGAUCGAGAGGGAAUGAUGGAUCCUUUCACAAUCGUCAGAAUCGGUCGUGAAGAGAAAAUGGGUGCUGAGGUAAAAGAAGUGGCAUUAUCAUUCCACAGUCAAAUGUUAAAACUGGGUUUGGGCCCCCAAAACAAGCGAAACGUUGAAGCCAGAAUAUUGGAAGAUGCUGACGUAAUUGCCACGACUUUGUCAUCAUGUUAUACAUUUCAGAUGGAAAAUCUCUUUGGCAAAGAUGGUCUGAAUAUUCCGGUGUGCAUCGUCGACGAGGCAGCCCAAGCGACUGAACUAGGCACCUUGAUCCCUUUGAUGCUGGGCGUGAGCACUCUAAUCCUAGUAGGAGACCCAAAACAAUUACCCCCAACAGUAUUAUCCGAGGAGGCGAAAGUCCGUGGGUUCGACGAGUCCCUCUUCUAUCGCGCCAAGAAGAACUUUGAGAUCCAAAAGGGCAAUCCUAUUCUAAUGCUCGACACUCAGUACAGAAUGGUGGAAGAGAUUGUUAAGUGGCCGAACAAUUUCUUCUACCAAGGAGCUUUAAGAACAGGAUCCACCGUCCCGCCGUUGCCUUUCACGAACUACAAACUCAUUCAUCACUUCUCCCAUCAGGAUCAGAACGACUCAAACCUGGGAGAAGCAAGAUUAGUAGUGAAUUUAACUUUUGGAAUGGUGGUGGAACUAGUCAAGGAUGCUGUGAACCAAAAUAUCAGUAUUGGAAUCAUAACUCCGUAUCGAAAGCAGAGAAAAGUCAUUCUCGAUCUAUUGAAGGCUCGUUAUGAAGAGCAUGCACCUAAGAAAAAAAAGAUUAAAAUAGCUAAGGCAGGAGAUGUAGAUAACAAUGCUAAUGAGACCUCAAUUAAAGUACCAAAUCAUUUAAAUAUAACUGAUGAUAGCAGAUAUGACGACUGGGAGGACUUCCUGAAAACACAAGAAAAGAAAGAAAUAAAUGAUUUACAAAUCUCCAAAGAGAAUAGAGAGGAAGCAGCAGAAAAAGAUGAUAAAGAGAAUGAAGGGGAGAAUGCUGGAGAAAAUGGAAAGACGAAGGAAAAUUAUAAAGAGAAUGAGAAGGGAGAACAAGUGAUGAAGGAAGUUCCAGAAAAGCCCAGUCCCUUGUACUUAAAACUGAAAUCAAUUCAAGUCAACACAGUGGACAGCUUUCAAGGCCAGGAACGUGAUAUUAUUAUCAUGUCCUGCGUUAGGAGCAGAGGCAUUGGUUUCGUUAAUGAUCCUAAUCGACUGUGUGUUAGUCUAACGAGGGCCAAACACACAUUGGUACUUUGUGGUAAUUUUAAAACCUUCAAACGAAAUCAGAUGUGGAACGCUCUACUGGCAGAUGCCGAGGCUCGUUCGGCUUAUGUUAGGUUGGAUUCUGACUCCAGUGUUGAUAAUAUUAUGAAACAUGUGAUAGUUGAGGAGAAAAAAGAGCACAGCACAGAUUAUUUUUUAUACUAAAGUUUGUCGUAAUGUUUUUAAUUUAUUUAUUUUUCUUGAGCACGAGAGACUCGAGUUUCACAAUUUAAUCAUGUUGAGAUGAAUACUAUAUAUGAUGUUAUGCGUGAAAAUCAUCAAUCUUCAUCAUUAUUAUUAUUAUUUAUGGCGAAGAAAAGUUGGUGAUGCGAAGGAUGGGAAUCAUUGGUUUGAAGAUUUGUAUUGUGAAAUGUCACAAAUAAACUUUGACUUUUGUAUCAUGGAAGACUAUUAAAGUACAAGUUUAUUCAUGAA